UUCUCUCAUAGCCUCGUGGGUCUCCCUGUCCUGCUGCCUUGAGCCAGUUCCUGUGGCCGUGUGAGGCGCUGGCUGGUUGCACAGUGUGACUGGAUGGGCAGGCAGCUGAAGCAUCAGCGGGCCCCGCCUCCCUCCAUCAGCUAACCACCCACCUUCUUUCACCCCCUGGACAACCCUGGCAAAGCUGGAGAGAAAGGGCACCAACAAGGACACCAGUGAUUCGGUUCCCUCGGAGACAUGGAGGCUGGAGAGGAGGCUCAGGCCGCAGACAUCGGCCUCCCAGAGCCGGAGGCUGCAGCACCUGAGCCCGAGGCUAAGGAGGAGCCCAAACCCCUGAGCCCUUCCAGUCCAGAAGCUAAUCCCCCGCCCCCACUGCCAACACCGCACCCCACAUCCCCUGAAGGCUCCAAGGAGACGGAGGGGCAGGAGCCAGAGACGAGUCUGGAGGAGGAGGCCAGCAGCUCGUGGAGCGGGCCAGACGAGCUGGAGCAGGUCCUGCAAGAUGGGCAGAGGUGUGUGCGGGCUCGACGCAGCCUUGCUGAGGGCCUAUCCUGGGGCCCAUUCCACGGGAGCAUCCAGAGCAGAGCCUCAUCCCCCAGGCAGGCAGAACCGAGCCCGGCCCUGACCCUGCUGCUGGAGGACGAAGCCUGCUGGCUGAGGACACUGCCCCGGGCCCUGACGGAGGCUGAGGCCAAUGUGGAGAUCCACAGGAAGGAUGGAGCCCUCUGGUGCAGGCUCACCAAGCCAGUGCCAGCAGGGGGACUGCUGAGCGUGCUCCUCGCAGCCGAGCCCCACAGCACCCCCAACCACCCUGUGAAGAAGGAGCCUGCAGAGCCCGAGUGCCUGGCUACCUCACACACUGACAUCCAGCUCCUGCCCCAGCAGGCCGGCAUGGCAUCCAUCCUGGCCACAGCAGUCAUCAACAAAGAUGUCUUCCCCUGCAAGGACUGCGGCAUCUGGUACCGCAGUGAGCGGAACCUGCAAGCUCACCUCCUGUACUACUGUGCCAGCCGCCAGAGUGCCGGCUCCCCUGCCACAGCCGCCGCUGACGAGAAGCCCAAGGAGCCAUACCCCAACGAGCGUGUCUGCCCCUUCCCUCAGUGCCGCAAAAGCUGCCCCAGUGCCAGCUCCCUGGAGAUCCACAUGCGCAGCCACAGCGGCGAGCGCCCCUUCGUGUGUCUCAUCUGCCUGUCGGCCUUCACCACCAAGGCCAACUGCGAGCGGCACCUCAAGGUGCACACAGACACACAGAGCGGUGUCUGCCACAGCUGUGGCUUCAUCUCCACCACAAGGGACAUCCUCUACAGCCACCUGGUAACCAACCACAUGGUCUGCCAGCCAGGCUCCAAGGCUGAGAUCUACUCGCCAGGGGUCGGGCACCCCUCGGCCAAGCUCCCCCCAGACAGUCUACCCGGCUUCCAGCAGCUCACUGCCCUGCACGGCCCCCUGGCCUCCUCCGACCUGGGCCUGGGGUCCACCUCAUCACCAGGACUGGACAGGAAAGCCCUGGGCGAGGCCACCAAUGGAGAGGCCAGAACGGCCCCCCAGAACGGGGGCAGCAGCGAGCCCCCAGCAGCGCCCAGGAGCAUCAAGGUGGAGGCGGCCGAGGAGCCCGAGGCGGAGCCAGGGCCCCCAGCCCCUUCGUCGCGGACGCCCUCACCACCCAGCUCCGCUCCCGCCCGGGUCAAGGCUGAGCUGCCCAGCCCCACGCCCGGCUCCAGCCCAGGCCCCGGUGCGCUCUUCCUGCCACAAUUCCCCGCCGCGCCCCCAGCCUCGGAGAUCCUGGCCAAGAUGUCCGAGCUGGUGCACAGCAGGCUGCAGGUGGGGGUGGGCGCGGGGGCGCCGGGCGGCCUACUCGCGGGGGCCCCCAAAGGCGCUACGUGCUUUGAGUGCGACAUCACCUUCAACAACGUCAGCAACUUCUACGUGCACAAGCGCCUCUACUGCUCCGGCCGCCGCGCGCCCGACGAGGUGGGCCCCCGCCCGCAGGCCCCAAGGCGCCCCCCACCCCGGUGCGCGGCUCCCUGGGGCGUGUUCCCUUUGAACCCGAAACCCCAGUCGGUCGGCCGGCACAGGCCCGGACGCCCUCUCCCGCUGCCCCCCGCGAUGGAUCGAAUAGGACAAGAGCCACCCACCGGCCCUCCAGACGGCAGUCCCCGGCCCGGCCCGCCCUCAGCCCCGCCGACGCGUCCUUCCCACUCGGACAAGGGCGUCCAGACCCCCAGCAAGGGGACGCCGGCCUCCCUGCCCAACGGCAACCACAGGUACUGCCGCCUGUGCAACAUCAAGUUCAGCAGCCUGUCCACCUUCAUCGCCCACAAGAAGUAUUACUGUUCCUCGCACGCCGCCGAGCACGUGAAGUGACCGGCGGCCACACUACAAGCUGGAAACCGCUUCACACGCCCGCUGCUCUCCGGGAGCCAGGGCCUGCCGGCCUGCCGCUCAUAGAGACGGAAUCACCCGCAGGUCCCAGGUGUUGGAGACUCUGGCUCCUGGGGAACACACCAAGCACAGGCCUCAGCAGAGGGGACUGCAGGUGGCAGCACCCGCCUGGAUCCUUGGCACUUAAUAAAGAAGUUCAGUUUGAUGAGUGGA